GGAGGGGAGGAUAGGAUGUCUCAUGACAGUGUGUGCAUUUGUGCAUCAAUAAUGGUCCUUGAUUGUACUUAUUUGACUGAAUGAUUGGAUGCGUAACUCAUGGGUAAGCCAAGGUUGUGUAGCAGUGUGAGUUGUCACUGUGACCCAAGCUUUUAUAUAAUUUGCAUCAUCAGAAUGAGAAAUAAGCCAGAGUGGGGUGUCUAAUGUGGCUUGGGUGCAGGAGUGCCUUCGCUCUAUAUCCAUGCUUGUGCAGCUUGUUUCCCUGAGUAUAGGGAAAGGCCUGGAUUUGUCUGCACUUCUCACAUCCCCUGACUGUGUUUAUGUGUUUGGGAUGGUGGGGAGUGGAUAGGGACAGCAAGAAGUGGGAAUAAAGAAGGAGGACAGAGAAUAUCUUAAAUCAUUUUUAGAAUUCUGAGAUAUACCAGGUCUCAAGGCCUCUAUUUCCUCUCCCAGCUUUGGCUUUUCUGAACUCUGCUUCUGUAGUAGAGGAAACCUGAGAAGGACUGGCAUUUCUAAACCCAUGGCCCAGGUAAGCUGAUGUUUCUUUAUCCUUCCCAAAAUAUUAUGAUUUUUAAUCAUGUAAUAUUUUCAUUCUUGAUCCUGAAAACCUCCUACCUAAGAAAGCUGUCUCUCUGAAUCUAUUUCAUAGUUCCUCCCAUUACAGCAAAGGAUGAUGUCCUCCUUGUUUGCUCCCUGUUUUUGAACUGACUUUCACUUACUUGUCAAAUAAUUCAUCCAUGUUCUACAUGUUCAGUCUUCUCUCAGGAGCAGUGUUGGCGCCGUGAAAGAGUGAAGUACCUUGAAAUACUUGAGCUGAUCUUGUCAGGUUCAUGGUUUCAUGAUACAGAAAUGAUUGUCCUGUUUGACCACAGGAAGGAAAACUUUCUCCACAGCUUUCCAGGAGCCAUUGACAUUCAGUGAUGUUGCCAUAGACUUCUCUCAGGAAGAGUGGGAAUGUCUAAACUCAGAUCAAAGGGACUUGUACAGAGAUGUGAUGUUGGAGAAUUAUACUAACUUGGUCUCAUUGGACUUUGAUUUCACAACUGAGAGCAACAAGUUAUCUUCAGAAAAAAGCAGUUAUGAAGUAAAUGCAUACCAUCAGGAGAUAUUGAAAAGAAGUAAAAUCUACAACUUUAUGGGCUUUAUUUUCAGAAAUGACUCACAGUGUAGAAUUGAGUUUGGGAGCCAACAGGGACCUAAUGCAGCAUAUUUUAGUCAAAUGAUAUUAAGAAAACACAUAUCCCUUCCUGUACAUCAGAGAAUCCACACUACAGUGAAACCAUAUGAAUGUAAGGAAUGUAGGAAGAGCUUUCGAAAAUAUUCACACCUUACUAAACAUCUGAGAGACCAUACUGGUGUGAGACCAUAUGAAUGUAAGGAAUGUGGAAAGGCCUUUGUAAUUCUACAGCAUUUUAUUAAACAUCAAAAUAUUCACACUGAUUUGAAACCCUAUGAAUGUAAUGGAUGUGAGAAGGCCUUUAGGUUUUAUUCACAGCUUAUGCAACAUCAGAUAAUUCAUACUAGUCUUAAACCUUUUGAAUGUAUGCAAUGUGGGAAAGCCUUUAGACGUCAUUCUCACCUUACUGAACAUCAAAAAAUUCAUAUUGGUUUGAAACGCUAUGAAUGUAAGGAAUGUGGGGAAACUUUUAGAUUGUACCGACAUAUGUGUCUUCAUCAGAAAAUUCAUCAUGGUGUGAAACACUAUAAAUGUAAGGAAUGUGGGAAGACCUUUGGUCAUCGUUCAAGUCUUUAUCAACAUAAGAAAAUUCAUUCUGGUGAGAAACCAUAUAAGUGUAAACAAUGUGGAAAGGCCUUUGUCCGCAGCUAUCUACUUAUUGAACAUCAAAGAAGUCAUACUGGUGAGAAACCUCAUGAAUGUACAGAAUGUGGAAAGGCUUUUAGUAGGAGCUCAAGCCUUCUUAAACAUAAGAGAAUUCAUAGUAGUGAGAAACUCUAUGAUUGUAAAGAUUGUGGAAAGGCCUUUUGUAGAGGCUCUCAGCUUACACAACAUCAGAGAAUUCAUACUGGUGAGAAGCCACAUGGAUGUAAAGAAUGUGGGAAGACUUUUAAGCUUCAUGCAUACCUUAUUCAACAUCAGAUAAUUCAUACUGAUUUGAAACCAUAUGAAUGUAAGCAGUGUGGGAAAGCCUUUAGUCGUGUUGGAGACCUUAAAACACAUCAGUCAAUUCAUGCUGGGGAAAAACCCUAUGAAUGUAAGGAAUGUGGAAAAAGCUUUAGACUUAAUUCUCAACUAAUUUAUCAUCAGACAGUUCAUACUGGUUUGAAACCCUACAUAUGUAAAGAAUGUAAGAAGGUCUUUCGUUCCAUCUCAGGUCUUUCUCAACAUAAGAGAAUUCAUACUGGUGAAAAACCCUAUGAAUGUAAAGAAUGUGGUAAAGCCUUUAAUCGUUGUGAUCGACUUAUUCAACAUCAGAGAAUUCAUACUAGUGUGAGGCCACACAGAUGCAAAGAGUGUGGGAAGGCCUUCAGUCGUUGCUAUCAACUUACUCGGCAUCAAAAAUUUCACAGUGGUGAGAAACUCUUAAUGUAAUUAGUGGGAAAUCCUUUAGCCAUUGCACAUUUUUUACCAUUAUCACUAAUCUACCACCUAAUGAUGUUGUGGUGAAGAUUAAACUAGUUAACAUAUAAAUCAUUGGAAAUGCAUCUGGCAUUUAGUAUGUGCUUACUAAAUACAGGUAUAUUUUUUAUGGUGAUUAGUAUUACUAAAAAUAAAUUCAUAUGGAAGGAAGAUCCUAUAAGCCAAUGCACCCAGCCCUUUAGUAUUUUUUAUAGUUUCUAUUUCUUUACUAAGAUUACCUGUUUCUUCAUUGCGUGCAUAUUUUCACAUAGCUUUUUAUUCCUGUUAAAAUCUUCUGUAUAUUGAUUCUUGCUAGAAAAAUACAUAUUAUUAUU